GCAAAACUGACGCAAACUCUGCAGUACUGCUACUACUCUAGCUGUUCCUUUACUUCCUGGAGCUGUUGAUACCUCGUGUUAGUUCAGUGGAGAUUCCUGGGAUGGAGAAGACCAGAGAAGAUCUUUCAAACUUGCUAUCUUUGGAAAAGGAGCUUCGUUUUGCAGCAGAGGCUGAGGCUGAAGCUCAGAAACAAGCUCUGCUGCAGCUAUUGGUCUGUCUCAAAGACAAGCUGGAGCCUGAACCACCAGGAGAGGAACAACAAGAUUACACUAGAAGUGCCUCCAGUUCUUCUUCCGUUAGUAAUUUCCCUCCUGCUUUACCUCGAGCCUUCUCUCGGGAAUUUUAUGAUGCUGUCCUACAAGAGAUGCCUGAUGAGGUACAAGAAACACUAGCUCCUUUACAGCAAAAAGACACAAGUACCUCAGAUUCUAGUUCUUUUGAUAAAGCCUGUGCAGCCAUUAAACUAGGCAACUACAAACAACUUGUAGCCAUUCUUCAAGACAAUACUGAUAGUAGGAGCGCUUCAGAUAGUGAGCGAGAGGCAUUGCUUCAGUAUGGGACCCAGUUGUUGCAUUUAGCUGUUGAAGAAAGAAGCAUAAAUUGUGUUCAAGUGUUACUCAAAGGUGGUGUGAGUCCAAAUGAAUCUGGUUUAAGCUCACUCCCUCCUUUACAUACAGCUGCUAACAAUGGAUUCAAAAGUUGUAUUAAGGUAUUAUUACAAUAUGGUGCUGAAGUUGAUUUGCAAGAUUCUAAAGGCCAGACUCCAUUAUACAUUGCACUGGUAGCUGGUCAAACUGAUUGUGUUCAGUUACUGUUGAAGAGUCACAGCCCUGGCCUCUCUCUCCUGACUACAGGCGGUAGGAGUCUCUUCCAUGCAGCUGUGUCUAGUUGUUUGGAUAAUGAGUUGAGAUUGUUGCUAGUCUCCAUCAGAGCUUCUCUUCCUCCUCAGUCUGUGUCCUCAUUACUAAAUGGACAAGAGUUCAGCACUGGAUAUACACCACUUCACAUUGCAGCAGAAAAGAAACACAUGAAAUGUUUAAUGGUUCUUUUAUCUUGUCCUGAGGUUAAUCCUAACCUAAUGUCAUUUGAUGGAAGGACAGCUCUUGAUCUGGUCACAGGCAGUCCAGACUGCACUGUACUUCUAUCAACAAGAAAUCACAAAGAAGCUUUAGUUCUUGUUCAUGAAGGACAUUCUUUCUCCUCCUCCUCCUCCUCCUCCUCCUCCUCCUCUGGAGAUUAUAGAAUAGGACGCAUUAAACUGCUGACUCAUCAUAACUGGGAUGACCUCAAGUGGCUGGUCAGCAGCUGUUUCAAGGAGUUUGAAUAUUCUCAGAAAUACAACGAGAGGUUUGAGAACAAGUUUACUGAGAGUGAUACCUACUUGAAUCAAAAGAGAUUGAUUGGAACCAUUGAUGAAGACUUGAAUCAAUUGUGUCAAACUGAUAGUGUGACGUUACUUCAAGAAAUGAAAGACGUUCUUUCUAAAAGAUGCUCUUCUUUUAAACCAUUGAAUGAUCUCUCCUCCGCCAUGAAAGACAUCAAGAUAGGACAAUACACCUGGUCUACUGGUGGGUGGGGCAGUGAGAGGCGUGGCUGUGAAGGGCGGAGUCCUUAUGAAGCAUUAGUUGAACUGGAAGAAGCAGGAGAAUUGCUGGAAAUUGAAGUUCAUCUUGACAAUGGAUACCAGCGCAUCAGCUAUACCUCAAUGAUUCCUCAAGACGUACUGGAGAAAUACACAAAUCAAUUAUUGAAGUCAAAGUGUGUCAUUAUCCACGGACCUUUGGAAAUUGACUUGAAUCAAAUAUCAGGACACAUUGCUGCAUCUCUCAAAAGUGUAACGUCAGCAAAAAUAGACAAAAUUCACAUACCAUUGAGACCAAGUUAUACCCGAGCCCAUCUUGUGUCCCUCCUUUAUGAUAAUGGCAUUUUAAUUCCUUGCUCAGAAUCAGCAGAAACAACUUCAGAUUCACCACAUUCCUCUUUGCUAGUAAUGGAAGGAGUCGAUAAGAUACAGUAUCGUGAUGUACUCUACACCCUCUCCUCACUAUUGGAACAUUAUUCAACUGGAGAGAGCAUUUAUUUAGAUUUAAAUGAUAACAAUGAAGAGUCCUUUAUACCCACUGGGAACUAUAAACUAUCGGAGCAAUGUUAUGUAAUAGCUACUCGGACAUUGUUCACAAAAAGUGGGUCUGGUCUGCCUCGUGAAGUGAUGGAGUCGUAUGCCCAUAUAUGGUUAUGUGACUCAGAGGAGCCGAUCCUGGGCCAGCUGUACAGGACUUACUUUAAAGAACUAGUUCACAUUAACAAAGGGACCCUACCUCUUAAGUCUGAUUAUGUGUAUCAAGCAGUGGUGUGGGUGUGGCAGUUUUGGUUGAUAUACAAUUACUACAUACAACAAUUGGGGCUACAUGAAUUAACACUAGGAGUGAAGUUAUUUCUCAAUUGCCCUGUUUUGAGUAACAAUGCAGACAGUAUUUACAAUUGGUUUGCUGAGCUUUGGUCAUUUCAUGUAAUUCCAAAGCUAAAGGAACAUUUACUGACAACAAACCAGCAGAAGAAGCAAGAGGCGACUUUUAAGAGUUUAGUAUUCUUCAUAAUCCAUCGACUCAUCAGCUCAACAUGUCCCCUCCCACCACAAGCUCUCAAAGACUUCCUUUCUGCUCUGUACAGCUUCAGUGAUAAUGAUUUAUUGUUUGUUCCUCCUGGUCAAUCAACUGCUGUUGAUAAAAGUGCUAGAGAUACAAAAUCUCCUAAAAUUAAAAGAACCUAUUCAAAGAAAUCAAUCAGUUCUAUAGAUCUUGCUAAAACUAAUCAAUGGGUUUCUGUUGCAGCUGCCGUCAAAUCGAUAGAAGAUCUUUCAGCAUCAACUGGUGAUCUUAAUAAACCACAGAGACCAAGAAGUGGCAGUUUUUUCUCUAAAAAUUCAACGUUGAGGAGGUCUUUAUUCAAAGGAUCGAGAGCUUCACUUUAUGCACUGGAAGAAGAAGAUGGCAAAGGAUCAGGAAAGAGUUCAAGUGGAAAACUGAAGAGAAAGAAAAAGAAAGAGCUAGACCAGGAGAAAAAGGAGAGCAUGGAUGAAUUGUUUGACGUGAUGAUGUCGUCUGAUGAAAGAAUGGAUGACCAGAGAGUUACUAAAGCCCAAGCUCCUCAUCAUGUUAUUUCAGUUCAGUCGUCUACUACUAGUACACCUCCAGCAAACCACUCUCCUUCCCAUUCUCUCUCUGAUAAACUUGAGUCCAUCCGUCCUCUUUCAGCUGAAGGAAAUACUUCUCCUGUAGCUAAACUCUCCUCCGAUCAAAGUUUAAAUAAAAUACGCCAAACUCGUCACCCGAGAAUAUCUAACUUAUUAGAAGCUCAUAGUUUACCUCAAGUCUUAAGUCGUUCUGAUGAGAACGUGUAUCACACUGUUUCAAUGGUGUCUCCUAGCAGUGACUCACCUCGUCCAUUCUCUGCCUCUACUGCUCCGUAUCAUCCAAGACAGAUCAGCACUGCCUCUUCUGGCUACUCUGAUUCAAGAAGGAGUUCCACCGAUUCAUUGAGUAAUUCCUUUAAUUCUGAUCUAAUGAGAAACACUAGCUAUAACUCAACUAGUGAGUUUAAGAGAACGUCGAGUCUUGAUGGAAUCAUUGAUGAUACUAGUUCUUAUGUGAGUGGUCAAACUAAUGGUAAGACAACUAGUGUUGUUAAUGAGAAUGGGCUCAGUUCCCAGCCUAUCAGUGGUUCAAAUGAUGCUGAGUCUUGUUCAGUUGAUGUUACUAAUAAAGAGACUAGUAAUGGUCUCCCUGUGGUUGUAUCUCCUAGAACAAGGAGAUUCUCUCGUUCGUAUCAAGCACUUUAUUCAGCUAGCCUUGGAGCAUGUGCUUCUGAUGCUCUUCAGAAGUCACGGAAGUUAAGUUUACCGACUAAAGUUGGUUCUGAUACUUAUCAGUCGCCAAAGAAGCCACACAAUCAGAGGAUGAGUACCUCACUCCUUAGCUGGAGGCUGGAGGAGAGUGUGGUUGAAAUGUAACCUCCUGCUAUUAACUAGCUGAUUUCAUUAUUUUAUAAAUUAUACUGUACAUUUCAUUAGAAUAAUGUUAUACCAUCCUAUAUUCUUUAUCUAUACUAUGAACUAUUGUAACUAUGCCAAUGUACCAAACCACA